AUGGAGUAUCGCGAUAUAAAUAACAAUACCAACUGUAUAAUUACAAAUAGUAACAGCUGUGUUAGAUUACCUUCAAUUAAUUUGCUUCUAAGUACCUUGGAAAGAGGAGAAAAUAAUAGUGAUCAAGUACUUGUACAUCAUAAUGCUAAGAACCGACUACCACAGGAUAGUACUGCCACCAAUGCAAAUACUACUUCUUCUGGAACUUUACUUUUACUACCGCCCUUAUCACAAAUAAAUAAUAAUGAUGUUCAUAAUCUUAGUAACGCAAAUGUUAAUAAUAUUCCAUCACCUAUUAAAUCAAGCCAAGUACAGUUACGACUAAAUAUACAGCAACCCCAGCAAAAAGAACAGCAGCAACAAAAUAUGCUCUAUUCAACUGGUAGGAGUACUGAUAAUAUUCAAAAAAAUAUUUAUACUACUAAUGUUCCUACUAUUAUUACUACUGCUACUACUACUACCACUACCACUCCCGGUACUGAUAUUAUAACGACAAAAAGAACUAAAAAACUUAAGAAAAACAAAAAUAUCCCCUCUGACUGUGCUUCGUCAAACAUUACACAACUGCUGGUACAAUCAAAAGAAGAAGGGAAAGAAGAAAAGAAUUUACAAGUUACAAAAAAUAUUAACGCUAACAUUGUCGGUACAGUCAGCAAAAAGCUAAAAAAAAAAAGAUCUAAUUUACCCAAAGAAAAAGUAGCUAUUUUAAAUAAUUGGUUAAUACAGAACUUACAUAAUCCUUAUCCUUCAACGCAAGAAAAAGUACGCUUAAGACAAGAAACUGGUUUAAAUUCUGUUCAGCUAAGUAAUUGGUUCAUUAAUGUCAGAAGAAGGAAAGUGUUUCAGGAAUAUUAUAAUAUCACUAAGCAAAGAAAUCCAAGAGGUAAUGCUAAUGGUAGUGUCCGCGAUAUUGAUUUGGCUUAUAACCCCAAUGGUAAUAGCACAAGUGAUGUCAACGAUAAUAAUAUCAAUACUGGUAACAACCAUGCAUUACUGAACCCAGAAGACCAACUAGACCCGGAUUAUAUCGAUAAAACUUUCUCAAAUGCUCCUCUAACCAGAAGAAAGAAAUUAAUUGAUAGAUUGCAAGAAUUGAAAAAAUUAUCUAACAUGCAUUCAGCAUUAGAGGAGUAA